UAAAUAAAUAAUAUUAUUUUUUAGUAAAAAACAUGGGGCAACAAAAUGAUAAACUUGCGUCAGAAAACAUUUCCAAGAAGCUUGUCAAUACACCUAAUAAUUGCGUUGUUGAUAGUUUAAAAGGGUUUGUAUUAUCACAUGCCAAUGCAAAGCUUCUGGAAGGUUGGAACGUGAUACUCAGAAGUGAUAUUGAAACUUUUACGAAAGAAAACAAAGUUGUCUUGAUCACCGGUGGAGGGAGUGGACACGAGCCAUUUGCAAUUGGAUAUGUUGGAAAAGGCUUACUUACAGCAAGUGUUGUUGGGGAUGUUUUUGCUGCUCCAUCGUCAUUAUCAAUUAUUCAUGCCAUCCAAUACUGUUCUAACUCAGCUGGUGUUCUGUUGAUAAUCACAAACUACACAGGUGACCGUUUAAAUUUUGGAAAAGCUGCUGAAGUAGCGAAGUCACAAGGAAUUAAUGUUGAAAUGGUUGUUGUUGGAGAAGAUUGUGCAUUGACGAGUAAAGAUAAAAGUGCAGGCAGAAGAGGUUUAUGUGGAACUGUCUUUAUACACAAAAUGGCUGGUGCAAUGGCAGAAGAAGGGAAGUCUUUAUCAGAAAUUGCUGCAUUUUUAGACACAGCUACGUCAGAGAUGGGCACAAUAAGCAUUAGUUUAUCACCCUGUUCAAUACCUGGAAAGCCAGCUAACUUUAGCAUAGCUGAUGAUAUUGUCGAAUUUGGUUUAGGCAUACACGGAGAAGCUGGUGUAGCACAAGUCAAGAUCAGCUCUGCAUCAACGUUGGUCAAACAAAUGAUUGAUCAUCUAUGGAACAGUGAAUUUUUACCAUCUAUCGAAGGUAAGGAGGUUGCAGUGAUAGUUAACAAUCUUGGAGGAACGUCAAAUCUUGAACUUACCAUCAUUGCAAAAGAAGCGUUAGAAUAUUUAGCAUCUUUGAAAGUUGCUGUAAAGCGUUGUUAUGUCGGCGCGUUUGUAACAUCGAUGGAAAUGGCGGGUGUAUCUCUGACAAUCAUGCUGUUAAAUGAUGAAAGAAUAAAAUAUCUAGAUGCCCCGUGUUCAGCACCUGCAUGGCAGUGCGAUGGAUUAAUAAACGACAUCAAUGAUAUAACGAUACCUUGCAAGAAGACUGAAGAAGCAAAUCAAGAGUGGGAUGAGAAAGCAGAAGGAAUAGGUAUUCCUUUGUACCACUGUGUGAAGAAAGCGUGUACAACAUUGAUUGAUAAUGAGAGUAAACUAAAUGAACUUGAUCGAGCUGGAGGAGAUGGAGAUACUGGAACAACACUUGCAAGAGGGGCGAAAGGUGUAUUCCUGAAGCUUUCCGAUGAAAACCAUCUCCAACUUCCUGUUAAUUCACCCAGGGAAUUGUUUUUGUCGAUAGCGAAAGAGGUAGAGACAACCAUGGGUGGAUCAUCUGGUGCUCUAAUCAGUUUGUUGUUUACCGCUGCAGCAAAUCGUUUGACACGUGAUACAAACAUGGAAGAUUUCAUCAGCGCAUUAGAACAAGGCAUAGCAGUUAUGAAGAAGUACGGAGGUGCAGAGGAGGGUGACCGAACAAUGUUGGACGCCCUAUGCCCGAGCUUACACUCGAUGGGAGAAUCUUUGAAAUCAAAAGUCUCGGUAAAGGAGAUGCUUACGAUGGCUGCCAAGGCUGCACGUGCUGGUGCUGAUUCUACUUUAAGUAUGCACGCCAAAGCUGGCCGAGCAAGUUACGUGUCUGAUACGCAUCUAACGCAACCUGACCCAGGCGCUGUUGCAGUGGCGUUGGUUUUUGAGGCGAUCGACAAAGCUUUCUCGAAACUACAGAAGUGAUUUAUACAAAAACUUAUACAAAAUUUUCUUACAUAUUUUUAUGUAUAUAUAUGGCUUUUUUAUUAAAAGAAUUGGUAUUUGUGAUACGUGUAUUUAAAAAAACGAAAUGUUUUGCGUAGCUUUUUUGUGUUUAGAAUGAGAUUUUACUUGAGCGAAGCGCUUAUAAAACGAUUAUAAAAUUUAUAAGUCGGCGAAAUGAGAAUUACCUUUAGAGAAGGAAGAAAUGCGGAAUUAAUGUUUUUCUCAUUUUCUACUCGUUUGUAACUUCAGACAAGCAAUAGCUAUUAGUUCGCAAUCUUCAAUUCCGCAAUUUUCAAUAAAAAAUGUGCGCAUUCGCAUUUUUUAUUUUGCUUUUUGCACAUUUCUCAAGAGUCUAUUAACAAACUUCAAUACCGUAAUAUUUUCUUUCGCAAAACAUGUUUUCUCUUCGACUGAUCUUUGUUUUAAAUCAACCAUCCAGUUGUAGAAAACUUUGUAACGGGUUAGAAAUAUUUGUUACAUGUUUUCAUUUAUUUUAUUUUUUACAAAUGAAAUUAGAAAUGAAAAGUUUCGGUUUAACUGUUCUUUAUUUUUUUGUUUGUACACAAAAUUAUUUACAGUUGUUAAUGUGGUGUAAACGCAAGUAAAGUAACCCUUUCUGA